UUCAAGUGAGUCCUGGCAGAGUAUCUGACGCGGUAUUGGAGGCAUCAAAGACAAGCGCUGCGCAAACCCUGGAGAACAACCUCACCAACCUGGUGAAGAGAAACAGUGAGCUGGAGAACCAGAUGGCCAAACUCAUCCAGAUCUGUCAACAGGUUGAGGUGAACACAGCGAUGCACGAAGCCAAGCUAGUGGAGGAGUGUGAUGAGCUUGUAGAGAUCAUACGCCAGAGGAAACAGAUCAUCGCUGUCAAGAUCAAGGAGUCCAAGGUGAUGAAGCUGCGAAAGCUGGCCCAGCAGAUGGCUAACUGCAGACAGUGUCUGGAACGUUCCGGAGCCCUCAUCACCCAGGCAGAACACAGCCUGAAGGAGAACGACCACGCUCGCUUCCUACAGACCGCCAGGAACGUGGCCGAGAGGGUUGCCAUGGCCACAGCCUCAUCCCAGGUGCUGAUUCCAGAUGUGAACCUGAACGAAGCCUUUGAUAACUUUGCCCUGGACUUCUCCCGAGAGAAGAAGAUCCUAGAGGGACUGGACUACCUGACAGCUCCCAGUCCUCCCUCCAUACGUGAUGAGCUGUGUACCGCCUCCCACGACACCAUCACAGUUCACUGGACGUCUGAGGACGAGUUCAGCGUCACCUCCUACGAACUGCAGUACACCAUCUACACCGGCCAGACCAACUUCAUCAUUAGUGUUGUUCUGAAGAAGAGCCACACGCCAGAACGCUUCAGCAGCACGGGGUCGUACGGAGCAGCAGGAAACGUCUUCAUCGACAGCGGCUGUCACUACUGGGAGGUGCUGCUGGGCGCCUCCACCUGGUACGCUGUGGGCGUGGCUUACAAGUCAGCCCCUAAGAACGAGUGGAGUGGUAAGAACUCCUCCUCCUGGGUGUUCUCCCGCUGUAACAACAACUUCAUGGUGCGUCACAAUGGCAAGGAGAUGCUGGUGGAGGCCAGCCACCAGCUCCGACGUCUGGGAGUCCUUCUGGACUACGACAACAACUCCCUGUCCUUCUACGACGCCAUGAACUCCCAACACCUGCACACCUUCGAGGUCAGCUUCCUGCUCCCCGUGGCGCCCACCUUCAUGAUUUGGAACAAGUCAGUGAUGAUCCUUUCGGGGCUUCCGGUGCCGGACUUUGUGGACUGCCCUGAGGAACACCAGGAGGGGAUGAUGACCCUGUGUCGUCAGCAGGAGUCACCCUACAUGUCGGGUCUGAAGGGCUGUCACUGAGUCCGGGACUGGGGUGAUUCCCAGUCCCGGAGACCGACAAGGGCUUGGACUGGACUCUGAACUGGGCUGGGCUAGACUCACAUACUUCCUGAGUUUGUGGGCCAAUGGGGUUGAAUCUUUCUUCUCCUCAGCAUCCUACUUCCUCCUCUUCCUCAUUUUACCCAGCUUUCCUCUUUUCUCUUCAUGGGUGGUUUGUUACAUGACCUACUACUUGUCUCAGUGUGAGGAUGUGUGUUGUUGUUUAUGAUAUUUACAAAUCAACACAGAAGCUUGACUUGCAUUAUGUGACUACUAGUCUUGUAUUAUAAGAAACUUUAUUGAUCAUGAUUGAAUAGAGGAAAACACGUUAAUUAUUUAUGAAUAAUAAGUUGGUUUGCGUUUAUUUUCUUCUCAAUGUAUUCAUGGGACACUUUUUAGAUUGGUCUUUAUUUCCUCAGUGUUUAAAAAAAAAGACAGAAAAUGUAUAUGGACAUGGUUGUUCUUCCUCUAGAUAGCAUAGUGGAUUUAUCUUCUAUAGAAAUGGGAUAAGAUGAUGAGGUUUAUGCGAUUUGUAACACAGUGAAAUUAACAAAACUGACGGAUGAAAAAAUUACGAAAGUUGAAUAUUCAAGGGAGGGAAGAGAGGGUUAUAACAUCCGAUUUGCUAUCGGUUUUGAUGUCAUAGCAUGAUCUGUAUUUCCUCUGUGAUUGGUUCACACUUCAUGUUUUGUUUAGUUCUGUUUUGCUGUGAGAAAAGCAUGCUGCAUUAUAGGAUCCCACUUCACUGCCCUUCACUGGUUCACUUCCAGGUUAUCAUGAGGUAAUUCUUGACUCCUGACCUAUAGAAUCCCUCACUGGUUCACUUCCAGGUUAUCAUGAGGUAAUUCUUGACUCCUGACCUAUAGAAUCUCUCACAGUCACCACGGAGCUCCACCACCUCCCCUCACAUCCAAUCCUUGGUCGAGGUUUACCUAUUCCAAAAGGGGUGUGUUGUUAUUGGCCGUUGAUUUGUAUAAAGUCCCAAGACAAUGUAGAUCUGUAAUUUGUCUACCAGUUACCAUCCCGAUAGUCUAUCUCUCAUAGAAACCAUCCGAUUUCUAUUGAAGAAAAUCACAAAACAUUUCCCCAGAUAUGGUUAAGAUUCCACAGAGAAGACCUUGUCCAUCUAUGACAUCAUUCAAAAUAAGUAAAGCGUUACAUCACCAAAUACGUAGUAUUUAUUUGGGCUUUUUUUUUUGUUUACGGCUUUGGUGGUGUGGACUAUGAUUUUUAAUGAUUUUCCUCAAUAUUCAGGGAUUGAAUACGUAGUGGGUCUGAUCAAGACAAUCAAUAGUUAUAUUUAUUAUGCAGAGAAAACAGAAAGUAGUGUGUAGCUGAAAAACCACUGAACUAGCAUGAUGUAAUACUUUAGAUACUAACUGUGUUAACUUACUGAAAACCAACGGGUGUUUUCUUUGUUCAUCGAAUUAAACGUAGUAGUGAAGAUAUUGGGAACAGACAGACUCGUACUACUGAUGACGCCACCGUCCUGAUGCCGGUAUUUAGGACGUAUAAAGGUAUUUAGGGCUUGUCCCAAAUGGCACUCUAUUCCCUAUAUAGUGCACUACUUUUGAAUGUAAAACAAAAAAAUGAUGCACUAUGUAGGGAAUAGGGUGCCAUUUCAGACACAGGAUUUAGUUUUCCAUGCUAAAUGUCAUAUUUCCUGUUUUUUUAAGUUCCUGUUUUUAAUUCGAAAGUACAAACUAACCAUCAGGCAGAUUUGUCUUUGGCACCGUGAAAGUGGGAGACGGAGAGACAGACCUAUGAAUGGAUCUGUAACUAACUGGUCCAUCCUCAAGCAUCUUCAAAGAAACAAUAGCUACUUUAAGGCUGGAGUGAGUCUUGAGUUCCAUUAUGGACCCAACAGAACACAGCGGUUCAAUAGUAAGAUGAGAAUGGUGAGUUCCAUUAUGGACCUAACAGAACACAGCGGUUCAAUAGUAAGAUGAGAAUGGUGAGUUCCAUUAUGGACCUAACAGAACACAGCGGUUCAAUAGUAAGAUGAGAAUGGUGAGUUCCAUUAUGGACCUAACAGAACACAGCGGUUCAAUAGUAAGAUGAGAAUGGUGAGUUCCAUUAUGGACCCAACAGAACACAGCGGUUCAAUAGUAAGAUGAGAAUGGUGAGUUCCAUUAUGGACCCAACAGAACACAGCGGUUCAAUAGUAAGAUGAGAAUGGUGAGUUCCAUUAUGGACCCAACAGAACACAGCGGUUCAAUAGUAAGAUGAGAAUGGUGAGUUCCAUUAUGGACCCAACAGAACACAGCGGUUCAAUAGUAAGAUGAGAAUGGUGAGUUCCAUUAUGGACCCAACAGAACACAGCGGUUCAAUAGUAAGAUGAGAAUGGUGAGUUCCAUUAUGGACCCAACAGAACACAGCGGUUCAAUAGUAAGACGAGAAUGGUGAGUUCCAUUAUGGACCUAACAGAACACAGCGGUUCAAUAGUAAGAUGAGAAUGGUGAGUUCCAUUAUGGACCCAACAGAACACAGCGGUUCAAUAGUAAGAUGAGAAUGGUGAGUUCCAUUAUGGACCUAACAGAACACCAGUUCAAGCCGUUGAGAAUGGUCUUCCAUUUAAAGAGCUAGCUGAAUACUGGACUCAAGAGGUCAGAGGUCUUUUAAAUAACACUGCUUGGAUUAUAACAGGUGGUAACACUUCACCGUAGACCCCCUUACGUAUGCAUUCAUAAAGCCUUUAUAACAGCUACAUAAGACAUAACAUCAGUUAAAUGCUGUUAUUAAGGGUAAUAUCAGUAUUGACUGAAGCGGAGGUGUUUGCUCUCUCAUUUCUCUAGCAGCAGAUUUGGGAAUGUUAGCCCUUACAAAAAAAAAGAUUGCCGUUUUUUAAAACUGCAGUAAAAGUGUAGUAACUACAGUCGAUUGUGGUAUUUUGGACGCAGUGAUUGCAGAAUAACUGCAGUUACACUGCAAAAUUACUGCAGUAAAAAAAUAAGUCUUAUUUUGGACGCAGUAUUUGCAACGUACUGCAGUUAUACCGCAUUCUAAUUACAGUUAUACUACAGUGUACUACAGUUAUACUGCAUUCUAACUACAGUUAUACUACAGUGUACUGCAGAUAUACUGCAUUCUAAC